AUGCGCCAGCAGCGUGUGGGCGUUGCGGCUGCUCUGCAUCCCUGCCAGCGUGUGGUGCUGACGGCUCUCGGCUCCGUGGACCGCAGCCCUCACGUAGUCUGCAGGGCCCUGCCGCCCCGCUGGGUGAAGGCCACUGUCAAGACCCUCCGGGAAGAAACCUGGGCACUGGCACUGCUGAUGGGGCCACGGUGGGAGUACCAGGGUCUGAGUGGGGAGCUGCCCAUUCCCCGGGCCAGGGCAGAGCGGGGGGAGGUGGCCUCCUUCCACCGCAGUACAGCUGGUCCUCCAGACCCAGCACUCGGGACCCCCAGCCACACUGAGACUUUCCUUGUGGCCACUGAACAGAUGGCCAAUCUGAGCAGAGCCACGCACACGCCCGUCACCCCCACCGUGAUCCUGAGGCCGGAGGACAGAGAGAGAGAACGCCAAGGAUGGCUGACUGCUCCCAACAGGCUGGGAGGCAUUGCCGGAACCCCCUCAGGUUUGGAAGCUGAGCCUGCAAAGGGCAGCAGCUUGCCCAAGGUCACACCACGGCCCACUCAAGCCCAGAUUCGAGGGCAAGCCAACAGUCUGGGGAGAACGGUGCUAGACGUGUGUCUCCGGCCGCCGCUGUGCGUGACCCUUCGGACUGUGUGGGACCCGUCCCAGACCAGCAUUCCAGCCGCGUCCACCGUUUCCCUCACUUCCCCGCCCUCUGACUCCGCCCUCCGCCCCUACCGCCCCCUACCGCACGCAAAGCCACGCCCCUUGCGCAGCGGCGGCGCCUGUCCCAUCGCUCUGGCGUCCCGCCCGCGGGGACUCGCGGCCACCCGCCGAGCCUCCGCGAACUACGUUUCCCGGCAGGACGUGCGAGGCGCCGGCGCCGGCCGAGAAAGGCGCGCCUCAGCCGCCGAGCGGCCGCGGACUACGUUUCCCGUCGGGCCGUGCGAGCCGGCGCCGGCGGCGGCCGUGCGGGCUACCGCGGACUCCGCUUUCCGGCGCGCCNGCCGCCCGCGCGCGCCGGCGGCUGAGGAGGUGCGGCAGCUGCUGGAGGGGAAGCCGCUGGCCGACACCAUGCGCCCCGACGCGCUGCAGGACUUCGUGGGGCAGGGCCGCGCCGUGGGCCCCGAGACGCUGCUGCGCUCGCUGCUCGAGGCCAGUGAGGUGCCCUCGCUCAUCCUGUGGGGGCCACCGGGCUGCGGCAAGACCACGUUGGCCCACAUCAUAGCCAACAACAGCAAGAAGCAUAGCAUCAGGUUUGUGACGUUGUCAGCAACCAGCGCCAAGACAACCGACGUGCGGGACGUCAUCAAACAAGCUCAGAAUGAGAAGAGGUUUUUCAAGAGGAAGACCAUCCUUUUUAUUGAUGAGAUUCAUCGGUUCAAUAAGUCUCAGCAGGACACGUUCCUUCCGCAUGUGGAGUGUGGGACCAUCACCCUGAUCGGGGCGACCACGGAGAACCCCUCCUUCCAGGUCAAUGCUGCUCUCCUGAGCCGCUGCCGAGUCAUCAUGCUCGAGAAGCUCCCCGUGGAGGCCGUGGUGGCCAUCCUAAUGCGGGCCGUCAGCUCCCUGGGCAUCCAGGUGCUGGGCUCCAGCCGCCCUGCCGACCCUCUGAGCCACGGCGGCGGCGGCAGCAGCUCCGAGCCCUCGGUGUUCAUCGAGGACAAGGCAGUGGACACACUGGCCCACCUGAGUGAUGGGGACGCGCGGGCCGGGCUGAACGGGCUACAGCUGGCGGUGCUGGCCCGGCUGAGCGCCCGGAAGACCUUGGGGAAGAAGGGCGGGCAGAGCUACCCCCCGAGCCGCGUGCUGGUCACAGAGAGCGACGUGAAGGAGGGCCUGCAGCGCUCACACAUCCUGUAUGACCGGGCAGGUGAGUUCUGCAGGCGGUGGGGGUCGGCACAGGGGUGGGCACUGGGACUUAACUCGCCCCUGUUCGUGUGUGUGGCAGGCCUGGCCGACCCGUCCGCGUUGACACAAGCAGUCGCCGCCUACCAAGGCUGUCACUUCAUAGGCAUGCCCGAGUGCGAGGUCCUCCUGGCCCAGUGCGUCGUGUACCUGGCGCGGGCCCCGAAGUCGGUGGAGGUGUACAGCGCCUACAGCAACGUCAAGGCCUGCCUGCGGGGCCACCAGGGGCCGCUGCCCCCCGUGCCCCUGCAUCUGCGCAACGCGCCCACCAGGCUGAUGAAGGACCUGGGCUACGGCCAGGGCUACAAGUACAACCCCGCCUACAGCGAGCCGGUGGAGCAGGAGUACCUGCCCCAGGAGCUGCGGGGCGUGGACUUCUUCAAGCAGCGGCGGUGCUGACGGAGGCGGCCGACGUGGCCGGGAGC